GACUUCCUGCCCGCCAGAGCCAGGAAGCCGGAGUCGGGACACCGGGCCCGGGAUCCCCGAGCCCGACCUCGGGCGCCUCGCCGGUCACCUCCCCGCGCGGACACCAGGUACACUGUCCCUGGCCCCGCCCGGCCUCCUCCUCCAGCCGCCGCAGGGAGGAGCAGGGAGGGGACCGGGCGCGGAGGGCCUCCCAGGGUGCGCCCAGUGAACCUGCAGCCGCCUUUCUCUGGCCUCGGUUUUCUCAUCUGUCAAAGAGAGCAAAGAGAAAACCCGGCGCGUUGGCGCCCGCCUGUCAUCCCAGGAGUUGGGAAGCAGAGACAGGAGGAUUGCCAUGAGUUCGAGGUUAGCUUGGGCGACCUAGCAUGAACCUGCCUCAAAAGAAAAAAAAAAAAAAAAACAAAACAAAACAGAGAGAGAGAGAGAGAGAGAGAGAGAGCACUUGUCGAGAGCACAAGUAGGUAGAGAUCCAGGCUCCCAGCGAAGAACGAUAACACUCAUUUAUCAGCAGGGAAACUGAGGCCCAGGGAGUCGGACUGCCUUGUCGUAGGGACAGAGCAUCUGGGACUUGAACUCAAAGCUGUUUCCUGUAAAGAGCUGUCCCUGCGAUCAUGGAUGCUUGAUUAGAGCUCCCUAAAAUAAACAAAUAUCUCUGCAGUACAUUUUAAAGCCGAGACUUACAGAGCGUUAAACACGUCUCAGAAAGCUUUUUUCCUUACCCUCUCUGUGGUAUUAAUUAUACUCUGGGAGAUGGCUGUAGGGGAGAGAACCGGAAACAUAUCCUCAUUGAACAGAUGGGAAGACUGAGGCCUAAAGGGAAGUCAUUGCAUUUUGCAGCCCGGCGGAGUCCUGGAGAUGGGAGAAGUCGCCGGAGGGGCGGCCCCAGGGCCUCCCCGGUCUGGCCUGGUGUCCAUCAUCAUCGGGGCGGAGGAUGAGGAUUUUGAGAACGAGCUGGAGGCGAACUCAGAAGAUCAAAACAGCCAGUUCCAGAGCCUAGAGCAAGUGAAGCGCCGCCCUGCCCACCUCAUGGCCCUCCUGCAGCAUGUGGCCCUGCAGUUCGAGCCAGGACCACUGCUCUGCUGCCUGCAUGCAGACAUGCUGAGCUCUCUGGGCCCCAAAGAAGCCAAGAAGGCCUUCCUUGACUUCUAUCACAGUUUCCUGGAGAAGACUGCGGUUCUACGGGUGCCGGUCCCUCCCAGUGUCGCUUUUGAACUUGAUCGUACUCGACCUGAUCUGAUCUCUGAGGAUGUCCAGAGGCGGUUCAUACAAGAGGUGGUGCAGAGCCAGCAGGCAGCCGUGAGCCGUCAGCUAGAGGACUUCCGCUCCAAGCGGCUCAUGGGCAUGACGCCCUGGGAGCAGGAACUGAGCCUGCUGGAGCCCUGGAUUGGGAAAGACCGAGGCAACUAUGAGGCCCGGGAGCGGCAUGUUGCGGAGCGGCUGCUGUCCCACCUGGAGGAGACCCAGCAUACCAUCUCUACAGAUGAAGAGAAAAGUGCUGCUGUGGUCACUGCCAUCAGCCUGUAUAUGCGCCACCUUGGAGUCCGGACCAAGAGUGGGGACAAGAAGUCGGGAAGGAACUUCUUCCGGAAAAAGGUGAUGGGGAAUCGGAGGUCAGACGAACCCCCAAAGACAAAGAAAGGGCUGAGCAGUAUCCUAGAUCCUGCACGUUGGAACCGGGGAGAGCCAUCCGCUCCAGAUUGUCGACAUCUAAAGGUCGAGGCUGAUGCAGAGAAGCCAGGCCCUGCAGACCGGAAGGGAGGCCUGGGUAUGUCUUCUCGGGACAGGACUGUUGGGACUCCUGGACAGGACAACCCAGGAGUCUCCCUGCACCCUCUGUCUACAGACAGCGUCGACUCCCGGGAACCAGGCGUGGAUACCCCGCAGGAGCCAGGGGAUACACCCCCACAGGGCCCUACCAGCCUGGAGCCCCUGGCGCCCCCAGAGAGCACAGAGGACAAUGGCGAGACUGAGAGGCUAUCAGGGCGUCUAGGGCGCUCAGAGAGCCUGCGGGUGAGUGACCGCCGCCGGCCUUCCCGGGGCAGCCUCGGGGCUAAGGGCCGGGGUGGGGGCCGUUCCCGGAGCGACGUGGACAUGGACCCGGGCUCCGCCACGGCCGUGCUUGGCCCCACCCGACGAGCCACCCCUGAGCCCGGAGAUGAUGGGGAGCCAGGACGGUCAGGCCUGGAACUGGAACCAGAAGAACCUCCUGGGUGGAGGGAACUCGUGCCCCCAGACACCCUGCUCAGUCUGCCCAAGAGCCAAGUGAAGCGGCAAGAGGUCAUCAGCGAGCUGCUCGUGACUGAGGCAGCUCACGUGCGCAUGCUACGGGUACUGCAUGACCUCUUCUACCAGCCCAUGGCGGAUGGAGGCUUCUUCCCUCUGGACGAGCUGCAGAACAUCUUCCCGAGCCUGGAUGAGCUCAUCGAGGUGCACUCCCUGUUCCUCGAUCGCUUGAUGAAGCGGAGACAAGAGAGUGGCUACCUCAUUGAGGAGAUCGGCGAUGUGCUACUGGCCCGGUUCGAUGGUGCUGAGGGCUCAUGGUUCCAGAAGAUCUCCUCCCGCUUCUGCAGCCGCCAGUCGUUCGCUCUAGAGCAGCUCAAAGCCAAGCAGCGCAAGGAGCCUCGGUUCUGUGCCUUUGUGCAGGAAGCUGAGAGCCGCCCGAGAUGCCGGCGCCUACAGUUAAAGGACAUGAUCCCCACUGAGAUGCAGCGACUGACCAAGUACCCACUGCUGCUACAGAGCAUCGGGCAGAACACAGAGGAGUCUACAGAACGAGGGAAAGUGGAGCUUGCAGCUGAGUGCUGCCGGGAGAUUCUGCACCAUGUCAAUCAAGCCGUCCGUGACAUGGAGGACCUGCUGCGGCUCAAGGAUUACCAGCGGCGCCUGGACUUGACUCACCUACGGCAGAGCAGUGACCCUAUGCUGAGCGAGUUCAAGAACCUGGACAUCACUAAGAAGAAGUUGGUCCAUGAAGGCCCCCUCACGUGGCGAGUGACCAAAGACAAAGCUAUAGAAGUGCACGUGCUCUUGCUGGACGACCUGCUGCUGCUGCUCCAGCGCCAGGACGAGAGGCUGCUGCUCAAGUCCCACAGCCGGACGCUGACACCUACCCCCGAUGGCAAGACCAUGCUGCGGCCGGUGCUCCGGCUCACCUCUGCCAUGACCCGAGAGGUGGCCACUGAUCACAAAGCUUUCUACGUCAUUUUUACCUGGGACCAGGAGGCCCAGAUAUAUGAGCUGGUGGCACAGACAUCUUCGGAACGCAAAAACUGGUGUAACCUCAUCACUGAGACUGCUGGAUCCCUGAAGGUCCCUGCCCCUGCCUCCCGCCUCAAACCCCGGCCCAGCCCAAGCAGCAUCCGAGAACCCCUGCUCAGCAGCUCUGAGAAUGGCACUGGAGGCGCAGAGAUGGCUCCAGCUGAUGCCAGGACAGAGCGGCUCCUCAAUGACCUCCUGCCCUUCUGCAGACCAGGCCCAGAGGGCCAGCUUGCUGCCACAGCCCUUCAGAAAGUACUGUCCCUGAAGCAGAUCCUGCUAAGCACUGAGGAAGACAGUGGAGCGGGGCCUCCCCGCGAUGGGGAUGGGGUGCCUGGUGGUAGGGCCCCCGGCCCAGUGCACACCCAGGAGAUUGAGGAAAACUUGCUUAGCUUAGAGGUGGCCAUCAGACAACUGGAGGAGUUGGAAGAGGAAUUUUGUCGCCUAAGACCCCUCCUGUCCCAGCUUGGGGGGACUCUGUCCCCCAACCUGGCUGCACCUGAACGCUCUGCUCAGACAGGCCUUUCAUGAAGAGAAGAGUGGGGGAGAGGAUGCAGGGGGGCCCACCCCCACCCCCACAGCUGCCACAGCAUCUCACACCCCAGAGGCCUGGAGCAGAGGGAGAUUGGCUGAACUUGAUAGCAGACCUGCUCGGGUCCCUGCCUCCCACUCUGGCCUCUGCCUUUCUCCCUCCUGCCUUCUGCUUGGGGAACUCAGGGCUUCACUCCCAGAGCACCCCCUUAAUCCCCACUUUUCAGGCCGUCUCAGUAUUGCCUAUGGGGGGUCACCCUCCUUCCCCUACCCCAAGUGCCUUUGCUAUGUUUUUAUAUCCUGGACUGGAGGUUUAUUUUUAAUAUAUAUUAUCUAAGGAAA